AAUGACUCUCAUUGAUUCCUACAUUCAUUAAAACACAUGCUUAGCUGUAUUUCUUAAUAACACUAACGGGAGUAGCUUUUCACUUCCCAAAAGAUUAGAAAUAAAAAAUGGAUAAAUUUUCACAUUUAAAACAUCCCCCUUAUGUCAUACUAGACAUAGGCACAUCAUAUACCAAAUGUGGAUUUGCAGGGACUCUUCAUCCUCAUGCAUUUCUUAAAACUCCUACAGAAAUUAGUAGAUAUAUGAUAGCCCCAGAUGAUGCUAUCCUUUAUAAUUUGCCACAAAUUGUUACAUCCUUCCUACGCCACAUUUUCUUCUCUACCUUAUUGGUAGAUCCUAGUCAUGCAGCUUCAUCAAUUAAAAUGGUGGCUAUUUUAGAAAAUGUUUUAACCAUGACUUCUACAUUCAAACGAGUGGUAGCUGCUAUUUUGGAUAAGAAAUUCUGGAUUGAAUCACUUGUUUUUAUCCCUUCUCAUUUGGCUACUAUAUAUUGUCUGAUGGCCAUUGAUUAUGAUGUUCAUGAUUUUACCACAAUAGACUUAGAAAACAGCAUAGCUUAUAAUGAAAUAGAUAAAAAGGAUGAUAUAGAAACUCCUGAGUUUGAAGGAAUUGAUAAAGGCGGCGAUAAUUGGAUGUCUAAUCUUUUGGGAACAACCGAACAUCUUGAAUCGAACCUUCAACGAAAUCAUACUAAUCCGGAUUGCCUGGUGGUGAUAGAUUGUGGUUAUUCUCAAAUUACUAUCCUACCGAUCUGUUCGGGACUUCCAAUACUUUCAGCCGCCGUAGAAUGUCCUUCUUAUGACAUUAAAACGGCACUCUCUACUCAAAAUAAAGACGAGCAAAUUAAUAACAGUCAGCUUAAAGCGUUUGGCUUUCACGCUCUAACCCUCAAUUUGCAAAAUAUCUUGCUUGAUCUUUUGAAUACUUUUAAAUCUCAGAAUGAUCCAUUGGAAGGAGUCAGAAAUGACGAAGAAUAUAAGCAGGCGUUAAAACUUUUUAAAGAUAUACGAUAUGUAGAAGAUAUAGCGUCACGUGUUUGCAUGGUAGCAGAUUUAAAAAAUUCCAAACAAUUCGACCAAUCAAAUUCCACUUUUGAUUUUGCGCCUACUGAUGAAGAUGAAGCCAAGUUUACUCCCAAUGAUGUUUUGCUAAACGAUUACCUGUGUACAACUUAUAUGGGUGACAAAUUAAUCCUGAAGGGAUGGAUGAGGCAAGCCGUAUGCGAAAUAUUUUUCAGACCGAACAUAGAUGGGGAGACGCUUCCUACAUUGAUUUUAGAUUCUAUUUCUCGAUGUUCAAUCGAUUGUCGUAAGGCUCUUUCUCAAAAUCUAGUUCUUAUCGGGGGAUUAUCCACGUUACCGGGUUUUAAAAAUAGGCUGGAACAAGAAUUAAAAAUGCUUACUUUGCUUUGCCCAACUUACAAUGACAAGGCUUACUUCAAGCCCCUCAAGCUUCAUCGAUUCUUUUUGCCUACCAAUCAAUCUAAUACCUUCCCUACCUACCCUUCUCAAUCGAUCGAAAAUCUUGAGAUCAAUUCAAACUCAUUUCAUAAUAAAUUCGUCGAAUACAUCAAACCCAAUUAUGCCUCUUGGUCCGGAGCUUCCAUUUUACUCACUUCCCUGAACUCUUUUAAUUUCCUUGUAAAGCCGACCACAUCUGUCAUCCCUGAUAAUCUGCUAUUGUCCACUUUUCACAAAAGCAAAAUGGCAUCUGUCUUUUUGAACAGUAAUGAGGGGCCAUUAUCAAGGAAGAUUUUUAGUCGGAAGGACAGGAAGGAAACUCAAGACGAUUACAAAAAAAGAGCUGGCGGAGGAAUGAGCUGCUUCGAUGCCAUCAAGCCCUUUAUCAUUAAAUUUGAACCAAGACCACUCGCUCUAAAUCUCGCUAUUCGUGCAAGUCAACUUAAGACUAAAAACGAUAAAGAUGAAGUCAGAAUAGAAGGGACAGACAAUAAUGAAGAGCUAGGAGAAUCAGAAGACAGUGAAAUAUAUUCGAAAAUGGCUGAGAUUCCAGAUUGGAACAUUAUAGAUACUAGCAUUAGGCCUUAUUGGACUUCUUAAUUAUUCUUAUUAAAGAGAUUUAAUAUAUAUUAUUGUUGCUUGAUACUCUUAUCAUUAUAAAUGCGUAUUUAUGUAAAUUUUGUAUAUUAUAUUUUUAUUAUAUUACUUAAAUAUAAUAAUAAUCUUAUUCAAAUUAUUUAGAAA